AGCCCGCCUCUUCCGGCGUGUUCUGCGUCUGCUCUCCGGGCAGAGCUAACAUGGCGAUGCCCUUGUGUCUGCGGGCGCUGAGGUUGUCCGGGGCUACGAGGCUACUAAGGACAGCCCCGGUGUACAGACUUCAUACUGGUCCUCGGGCGGAGUCCACUACCCCGGUCUCUGUCAGUCAUAGCGCCCCGCCCAACCACCAGCACGACGACCACGAUGAGAUUAAUGUGUACGACAAGAACCCGGACUGGCACGGAUUCAGCGACGACCCGACCCAAGAUCUCCGGAACAUGCGGCUGGUCUUCUUCUUUGGUGUUUCAGUCUGUCUUGUGAUGGGAACCGUAUAUAUCUACUACUCUCCGGAGAGGGGGAUGAGGGACUGGGCUCGCAAGGAGGCCGAGCGGCAGAUAAAGAGGAAAGAGGCGCUGGGUCUACCUCUCAUUGAAGUGAACUACUAUGACCCGGAGAGCCUGGUGCUGCCCCCCGAAGACAAAUAGUGACCCCCCCCUCCCAUAUUGUCUCUGCUCUACUUCAAUAAAGUAUAUGUUACCUGUA